GUCAGGCUCUCGAGCUACUGAAACAAACCGCCUCCCGUCCACCACGUCGCUCUGACCGUCGGGCUGUUGAACGAGGAGCUGCUGGAUCCCAAGCCUGGCACGGAGCCGCUUCGGUACCGGGAUAGGAUGCUGUAGUUUCCGCCACACGAAGCUGCUGACUGCUGGCUUGGCCUUCAUAGGUCAGAGUGAUGCUCCUGGAGGCUUUGCUCUGAUCUCCGUUUCCACAGAAACAAAACAACGCUCAGCGCAGAACAGCCUCGUCGCAGUAAGAUGACGACGUCUUCGCCCACUCACAGUGACAGCAGCAGCUCCUCCAGACAUGGCGUUAAGCAGGACAGGUGGGAGAUCGUGGAGGGGCUUCGGGGGGUUCCUGCCAGUAUGCAGGAGCCUGACAUUCAGGAGGGCUUGCUGCUGAAGAAGAGGAAGUGGCCCAUGAAAGGGUGGCACAAGAGGUACUUUGUGUUGGAGAGAGGGAUCUUGAAUUAUGCAAAGCGAGCAGCUGAUCUACAAAAGGGAAAGCCCCACGGCUGCAUAGAUGUUGGGCUCUCUGUGAUGUCGAUCAAGAAGAAAGCCAUGUGCAUCGAUUUGGACACGGAGGACAACAUUUAUCACCUAAAGGUGAAGUCUGCCGAGUUGUUUGAGGAGUGGGUGUUGAAGCUGCGUCACCAUCGGAUGUUUCGGCAGAAUGAGAUUGCCUUGUACCCCCAUGAGAAGCACCUCUUCCACCCCCACGCCUCGUCCUCCCCAUCUCUGAACGACUCCUUUAGAAAUAGAGCCACGCUCACUAAGCAGACAUCUAUCCACCACGCCAAGGUCGGCUCCUGGCUGCAGUCUUCAGAGGAGAUGAACAAAUGCAGCAAAGAGCUGGAGGAGUGUGAGUCUUAUCUGCUGGAACUCAACCUGCUGCUGAAGAGCAUGGAGGUCAUGCACCGCACGCACUCGGCUCCGGCCAUCACUGCCCUGCAAACGUCAAACUUUGACAUUCCCAAAAAAGAGAAGAGGUCAAAGCGAUGGCGAUCCAAGCACAAUGGCAAAGAACCCAAAUCCACACUCCAGGUCCCCAGCUGCAUCUCCAACCAGUCCCCUCGCCUCCACGCGUCCAACCCCAACCUGUCCACUGCAGAGUCAGCCACCCAGGACGCGUGUCCUCAGUCUCCAGACUCGCCCACAGAAGUGUCUCAGCUGCAGCAGGACUUCUGCCGACUGUCCAACAACAUUCACAUCUCAAUGAAGUCAGCAUAUAGCUGCCUGAUAGUAGAGAAGGAGCGGCUGAAGCAGGCCAUAGAGCUGCACGGCCCCCAGCUGCCUCAGGUCAUUGGUCUGAAGAGCGGCUACGCCUCAGAAUGCUCCACCCCCAGCCAGUCCUUGGUCCACCAGGCCUCCAGUGAGAGCAGAGCCUCCAUUCCAGAGUCCAUGUCGGAGUUCUUUGAUGCCCAGGAGUACUUGCUGUCCUCGUCUUCUUCUGAGAAUGAGGUGUCUGACGAUGACUCGUACAUCAGUGAUGUCAGCGACACAGUCUCCAUGGAUACCUUCGAUGGAGGCAGCGAGAGACACAACUCCGUCAGCAGCGUGGUGACCAUGACCCGCCGCCGCCGCUCCGCGCUGCCCUGCCCCUGUCCACCCAGCAGCGUGAGUCUGUGGAACAUUCUCAGAAACAACAUCGGCAAAGACCUGUCAAAGGUGGCCAUGCCCGUGCAGCUCAAUGAGCCGCUCAACACUCUGCAGAGGCUGUGUGAGGAGCUGGAGUACAGUGACCUGCUGGACACGGCCAACCAGACGGAGGACGCGUACCAGCGCAUGGUGUACGUGGCAACGUUUGCUAUAUCUGCAUACGCAUCAUCUUAUUACCGAGCAGGAAGUAAACCCUUUAACCCCGUCCUGGGAGAGACGUACGAGUGUGACAGACCUGACAAGGGCUUCAGGUUCAUAGCUGAACAGGUGAGUCAUCACCCACCUGUGUCAGCAUGUCACUCGGAUUCAAAGAACUUCAACUUCUGGCAAGACAUGAGGUGGAAAAAUAAGUUCUGGGGGAAAUCCAUGGAGAUUGUUCCCAUGGGAACCACACAUGUCACACUACCUGCGUUUGGGGACCACUAUGAAUGGAACAAGGUGACUUCCUGCAUACACAACAUCCUGAGCGGGCAGCGCUGGAUCGAACACUACGGAGAGAUCUCCAUCAAAAAUAUCAACAGUGACGUCUGCCAGUGUAAAGUCACGUUUGUCAAGGCGAAGUCUUGGAGCUCCGCGGUAAACGAAAUUGAAGGUGUGAUUACAGAUUCCAAUGGAAAAGUGAUACACUCCCUUUUUGGAAAAUGGCAUGAAUCCGUGUUCCAGGGAGAGCCGCCUGCCGCCACGUGCAUCUGGAGACCAGGUCCAGUACCAGAGAACAAGGACCAGUACUACGGGUUCACCCAGUUUGCAGUGGAGCUGAAUGAGCUGGACUCAUCUUUAAGACCGCUGCUCCCCCCCACAGACACUCGCUUCAGGCCGGAUCAGAGGCUGCUGGAGGAGGGGAACGUAGACGCGGCUGAGGAACAGAAGCAGAGGAUCGAGCAGCUGCAGAGGGAGAGGAGGAAAGUGCUGCAGGACAACAACAUGACACACCAGCCGCGCUUCUUCAAGAAGUCCAAGGAUGACUCAUGGGUGAGCAACAAGACCUACUGGGAGCUGCGCAGAGAACCUGGCUUCAGCAAAAUGGAUUUCCCUGUGUUAUGGUGACCCCGCUGAAACCCGCUGUAGAAGAGGAAGUGUCCAACUGAACGGGGAGCAGCUGCAGCCCUGACCUGGUUGAGAUGCUCCGUGUCAUCGUAACACAAGUCCACACGGACCUCCAGCUUCCUGUUUCUGGAUACAAGUGCUCACAACCCGCCGUGCUUCUUCCACUUUGUUCCUGUUCUUUAACAGUUUUAUGUAGUCUCCUUCAUUUUAACUGCGACUGGAACCAGAGUAGAUCAAAGAUCAUGACCGUGUGUUCUGUUGCUUUUAUCAAAGUGCCUUUUUACUGUAGUGCUGCACUCAACGAGCUGCUGGAGCAGUUAUGCAACAAAAACCACUCAGUGGAGUCAGAGCGAUGCUUCAGAAAGGACAGAAGAACCAGAACCGUCUGGGACUCUCCGCUGAGAUCCGGUUUAUCGUGGUCUCAUGCCUUUUUCAGUAGCUGCCUUGUGAUCGUGACUUCUUUAACCAGACUGUAAAUACUGUGUGUGAUUGGGUUUUUCAGAGGAAAACAGCAAUAAUACUUCCUGUUGGAGCAGGAUAAUAAAGUUUACACUAGG